AAAGGAGGACGGUGAUGCUGAUGUGUAAUAUCCGCACAUCUCCCUCCGACCGCGACAGGACAGCCGCCGACGCCGCCGCUGCCCGACUCGUCCGAAGGAGUCACAGCAAUGGCAUUCACACACCGCCAUCACGCUAUGACCGUCGGUCCUGUGCUUGUGUUAUUUGCAAUUGCCACAACCACACGUGCAAUCGAUUAUGAGUACGAAACCCUACCGGCCAAGUCGGGCGUCGGCGUCUGGGUCGAUGUGGACACGCCGUUGGAUGCGCGGACCAAGGUGUCGUCCCGCGGUGAAACAUGGGACCUUGUCAUGAGUGACGAGUUUGAGAUCGAAGGACGAACGUUCAAAGCGGGCCAGGAUCAUCUCUGGACCGCACUCGACAUCCCAGACGGCGUCAACGCUGCGCUCGAACUCUACAACUCGUCCAACGUGUACACGAAGAACGGCAAGCUCAUCAACAAAGUCGAGGAAGGCACGACCGUCGUCACGUACUACAACCAGUGGCUCGACAAGCCAGCCUUUGAAACGAAUUCCCUGUACUAUUCGGCAGGCAUGAUGCAGUCGUGGAACAAGUUUUGUAUCCAGGGAGGGCUCAUCGAGGUCGCCGCCAAGCUGCCCGGAGCCAUCAACGCUAUCCCCGACGACGAGCACAAGAGCGUCACGAUGAACCCGAACGCAAUCGGAGUGUUCUGGAAGGACGGCGUCAAGAUUCCUCUCACAUCGCGGGACCGUGUCAAGGACGGCGCGUACUACCCGACGUGGCCCGGCAUUUGGCUCAUGGGGAACCUCGGCCGCGCGCUCUUCACCGCAUCGACCACGCGCAUGUGGCCAUGGACGUACAACGAGUGCGACGCCGACUUGUCUCCCCAUCAAGCAAUCUCGGCUUGUGACCCGAAUCCUGGCUACGGUUUGAAUCCAAACCAAGGCCGCGGCGCGCCAGAAAUCGACGUCUUGGAAGGCGGCGGCGCGGCCAUCUCGUCGUCGAUUCAAAUCGCCCCUGGCAUGCCCGAUGAGUACCGACGUAAACCCGUGCUCAAGCCCGACAACAAGUACUGCGUGUACGGCAAGGCGUGCGCGACACCGGGCGCCAACAUCCCAGACGCCCCCACGUCUGCAUACGCCGCCCGUGGCCAUCGCAGCUGGUACCAAGGGCUGAAAUAUGCCGCCAACAACCGGUGUCCAUCCGAUCCGGUCGACCGGCAAGCGUACGAACCAGUAAGUGGAUCACGGGCAUCCAUGAUGAGUAUAUGCAUCGUGUCGACGGUGCCGUAGGUGCAAAAUGUUCGGACAAAUCCAGCGCUGCUCGUCUCGAACGUGUACGACAAGACUCAAAUGAGUGCCGCCCGCGACGUCAACGCAGACUUGAGCGUGAUGGACGGCAAGGGGCCGUCCCACUGGGGC